CUCCCCAUUCAUUUCCUGAGAACUGCGAGAGCUCAGCAGCUGAGCGACAGAAGGGGAGGGAGCUGUGCACACACACACAGAGAGAGAGAGAGAGAGAGAGAGAGAGAGAGAGAGAGAGAGAGAGAGAGAGAGAGAGAGAGAGAUAGGGGAGCGAGAGAUAGGACUGGAGAAGAGAACUGUUUCCUACGGCUCUGCAGCUUCUGACAAGACGGCCCGAGAACAGGAUGUUAAUGCUUGAUGGAAUGCCUGCAGUCCGAGUCAAAGCCGAGCCCCUGGAAUCGGAACAAGGGUCCCCCAAAGUACACCGCUACCCCACGAUGGACGCUGUCCCCCUCCUCCUGAGCAAAGUCAAAUCUGAACCUCCUGAGGACCUGCUCUCCCAUGACCCCCAUUUCCAGACGCAGACCGAGCCUGUCGACCUGUCAAUCAACAAACCACGCCCCUCCCCCCCAUCAAUCACCUCCACCACUUCUCCUGUUACUUCCGCUUUCUCUCCGUCCUCGAUUUCUUCUUUAUCAUCAUCAUCCUCCUCUCCGUCUGUCAUCACAUCUGCCUCAUCUGUGCUCACACCUGGGCCCCUGGUGGCCCCUGGAGCCGGUGUCCAGGGUCAUCAUCAUCAUCAUCAGCAGCAGUUUUUGCACAUCCUGCACCCUGUGCCUCCGCCACCCUCCAGCCCCUUGAACCUGGGAGGGGUACAGGGCAUAGGAGGAGGAGUAGGGGGAAAGAUGGAGGCCCACCACCUGCAUCGUAUCCCUGUAGUGGUACAGUCAUUGCCCCUCAUGUACACCACAGCCGUGCGCUCGCCCUCCAGCCUCCACAACAAUGCCAUCAUGCUACCUCUGCUGGACAAUCAUAAGAGCCACCAUAGCAAAGCAUACACAGACCACAACAGCUUGUCGCCGCGGCACAUCAAGAGUGACAGUGACGAUGAUGACCUGCCCAAUGUCACCCUGGACAGUGUCAUCGAGACCGGAUCUACCGCUCUGUCUAUAGCACGCGCCGUACAGGAUUCCAUGUCACCAUUCAGUAUUGAGAGCAUACGGCGCCCCCAGAGGUCAGAGUCGCCAGACUCCAAGAAGAGACGCAUCCACAGGUGUGACUUUGAGGGCUGCAAUAAGGUCUACACCAAGAGCUCCCAUCUAAAAGCACACCGGAGGACGCACACAGGUGAGAAGCCAUACAAAUGCACCUGGGAUGGCUGCACGUGGAAGUUCGCCCGCUCUGACGAGCUGACUCGCCACUACCGGAAACACACAGGCAUCAAGCCCUUCAAGUGUGCAGACUGUGACCGCAGCUUCUCCCGUUCAGACCACCUGGCCCUGCACCGACGGAGACACAUGCUGGUGUGAGACAGUUUCAGGGUGGAGAUGUUAUCAGAUGAAGCAGAAACACACAUUUACACACACACACACACACAUCGCCGCAGGGAAGAGCGGGGUCUCUCCCUCAAUGUGGUUCAGCCGGACUGGACACACACUGUUGUCUGUCCGUGAGGCAGUGGGAAGAGAGGAGCGAAAAGCACAGAAUGGUGUCUGUCUGUCCACAGAGCAAAAAAAAACAGGGUCGGUUCUGGAUCCUCACUGACUGAGGACGGUUGGAACCGGAGAAGGCUCUUUUGUUGUCAUUUUGGAGCUUGGAGUUUUUACGACAAUCUGUCUUUUUUCCUAGCACUGUUCUUAAAUGGUUUCACUUCUGAGUUUUUUUGGAGGGAUGUUCUUUGUUCAUUUGGAAGGAAUUUGGUGUCUUUGUUUUGGUUAUAUUGUUCAAAAUGGCUGCUUUUCUAGCGUCUAUAAUGUGAAAGAACUCUAUGGAUUGGAUGGCUGGAUGAAUGGAUGGAAGGGCUGUAUGCAUGUGUUUUGAAGCAUAGGGCCUUGGAUUGGACAAUGGAAUAAAAAGACACAGAUUCCAAUUUGCCUAUGGAAAGUAUUGUUGCACAGUUCCCGCCGUAUAGCAGCUUCCUGCAUCUCUGUGUUUCAGGACAACCCGUCACCAGAGGGUGCCAUCCACACAUAGGUUGUACCUAUAAAAACUGGUUUGAGUGUUCUAGAAUCAGUAUUGUAGAAUAAAUUCUAGUACCAGUGUUCUGGAUUAAGAAGCAUCCGGAGCAUCUCAAUGGACCAGUGAUAUAGAUGCAGAGUUGUUUUUGCUAUUUGUUGUGUUUUUCAUUCAGUGGAUCUUGUUAACACACGAGAUCGACCCAACCACAUUGAGGCUCAUCACCUUGAGCCUUUUUCUUUAAAAAACUUUAUUGGUGCAUUUUGUGCAGUGAUUAGCAAUCAGUAAAGUGCAAUCUCAUUGGGUAAAUAUAGUUUUAAUAUGGAGACUUUUAUUGUUUUUAGUUUAUUGUAUCUUGCUGUGUAUGCCUGCUUUUGAUACAUUUCACAAAGAAACACCAAUCCCCACCCCAAUGUAUAAUGAAAAAUCUAAUGAACAUAUCCAGUAUGUGAAAACAACUUUGAAGCACCUUACAGAUUCACACAUAUUCCAUAAUAUUCAAGGAUUUUGUUUCAUAUCCCUGGUAUUUUCAGUGAAAGGGAUUGGCAUUGUGAUCAUUUGUGUGUUAGUAGUCUGUAGGUAAUGCAUAUUUGCUUCAGUUCAGAGGGCUUACCCGACACUCGGUUACUCUAGUUCAAUUGGAAAGCAAUACAAUCAGAACAGGGAAAUGUUGUUCUUGUAUCCUUGUUCUGGUUGCUGAUACCCAAAAUGACCCUAAAUUCCUCUGUUACAGAUAUAUUUCUACCAGUGCCACUUCAUACUCUAUACUACAAAUGUCUAUAUUUCUACUGGGUUUGUAACUACAGCACAAAGGUUCUAGGCAAGCAGUUUGUAAACAGUUUGGAAAAGUUUGGAAAAUGUCACAUUAAGGAUGGGUGGUUGAGGAGGAACAGGUUUUUAAAAAUGUAUUCAUGAACAGACCUAUAUGUUUGUCAAACUUGGAACAAAUUCUCCCCUUCUCUUUUCUAUAUACUGUAGUACACGAUGCACACAGACAGUUGGCCCUGUAGCUUUGUCUUUUUUAGUCAUACAUACACCAAACAUGAUGUGAGGUCUUCAGAUCCAGCUUCAGGUCUACCUUUUCUUGCAAUUUGUCUUGCAUGUCCCUCAAUGACAGAUAUCCAUAUUACGGUUUCUACUGUCGCAUCUACCAUAUCUCAGAGUAAAGGGUUAUUCAACCCAAAAAAACAUAUUUUGAUCAGUCUCUGUACAUGGAUCAAAAAGAGAUCUACGGCAAUAUAUAGAUUUUUAUAUAGCCAUAGAUUUACAGCUGUAGGCUGCCUUACAAAAGUAUUCAGACUCCUUGGAUUUCUUCAAAUUUAUUGUGUUACAAAGUCGAAUUAAAAUGGAUUUAAUUGCAAUUUUUUUUGUCAACCAUAUUACAUACAAAACUCUGUAAUGUCAUUUUUUAUUAUUAAUAAAAUAAAAUAUAGUCAUUGCAUAAGUUUUCAGCCCCUUUUGUUUAGGCAAGCCUAAAUUAGUUCAGGAGUAGAGUUUGGCUUAACAAAUCACAUGUACAUGGACUCACUCUAUGUGAAAUAAUAGGGUUUGACAUGAUUUCUAAAGGACUAACCCUUACUCUGUCCCCUAUACAACAUCUGUAAGGUCCCUCAGACAAGUAUUGUAUUUAAAGCACAUAUUCAACUACAAAGUCCAGGGAGAUUUUCAAAAGCCUCAUUUGUAGGUGGGUAAUAAUAACAAAUCAGACAUGGACUAUCUCUUUAAGCAUGGUCUAGUUAAUAAUUAUGCUGUGCAUCAUGUAUUAAACCACCUAGGCACCUCAAAGAAAAAGUAAUUAUUCUGAACUGAGCUUCAGGACGGGAAUGAAACUACUCAGGUAUCUAACCAUCAGACCAUUGCGGAUUUUAAAACAGCUACGGAGUUUAAUGGCUGUGAUGGGAGAGAACUGAGGAUGGAUCAAAUCAAAUUGUAUUGGUCACAUACACAUAUUUAGCAGAUGAUCAACAACAUUGUAGUGACUCAAAUAAUGACCUAAAUGAUAGAGUGAAAAGAUUAACACAAAUAUACAAAAUAAUAUAAUACUGCAAAAAAAACACGGCAAAAGAAUACACUUUUUGGCCUAAAUGCAAAGCCCUAUUUUGGGGCAAAUCCAACACAACACAUUACUGAGUAACUGUCUCCUUAUUUUCAAGCUUGGUCAUGGCUGAAUCAUGGGAUAGGGCUAUAGAAAGAAAUGGGAUAGGGCUAUACACAGUCAAAAUCAUGGAGCAAAACCUUCUUCAGUCUGCUUUACACCAGCCACUGGAAUUCACCUUUCAGCAGCACAAAAACCUACAACACAAGGCCAAAUCUACACUGGAGUUGCUUACCAAGAAAACAGUGUUUGUUCCUAAGUGGCCAAGUUACAGUUUUGACUUUAAUCUACUUGAAAUAGUAAGGCAUGACUUGAAAAUUGCUGACUAGCAUUUUGAACAUAAUAAUUGGCAAAUAUUGCACAAUCCAGGUGUGCAAAGCUCUUAGAGACUUACCCAAGAAGACUCGCAGCUGUAGUUGUUGUCAAAUGUGUUUUUUAUGGACUCAGGGAGCUGAAUACAUUCGCAAAAACAACUAUAUUUCCUUUAUUUCUUUUGAACAAUAAAAUAAAUAAAUAUAUCUUCCACUUUGACAUUGCAGAGUAUUUUGUGUAGAUUGUUGAGAAAAUAAAUACAAUUAAUCCAUUUUAAUCCCACUUUGUAAUGCAAUAAAAUGUGAAGAAAUCCAAGGGAUCUUAAUACUUUUGAAAGCACUGUAACUGGGGUAUUCUAAAAAUUAAAAUAUGGCUCAACUUCUAUUUAGUCUUAGCUACGACAUCAACCACUUAUGUUUUACAGGUUGUUUGACGUCAACUUUAAAUUACCAAUUUAUCCAGCCAGUUGGAAAUAGAUGCCUAUGGACAUACAAAUAACACUACAUAAAUCUUUCUGAGAUACACGAAAGCAAUAUUGUCAGCUUUUCCUAUCAGCGAAUUUAUCAGAUUUCACUUUUUGCAAUUAUGUGACACAGAUCUGAUGGUGUUUAUCAUUAUCAAAGCCGUUCAUAACAGAAUCCCACAUGUAUGAUAACUGUAUUUGUUCAAAGUAUUUUUACAACUUGCAUUUUAUACACAGAGGUUUUAGCUGGAUCCCCGCUUACAGUUUCAGGAGCACAUUUCAGAAGGCCAGAAUAUGCUCAGUGACUUUAAUAACACACACAGACAUACCAGCGUAGUGGUCCUGUACUAGAAUUCAAAACCACAUCCUUACCUGAAACAAAAAUGUAUUUUGCAGAAACAUGCCCAAUUCGUCUCUUUCCCUUUUGGUAUUAUGAAGUAUUAUAAUAUAUGUCAUAUUAUGUUGCUACAGUAUAUGUUGUUUGUGUACAUGUGAAUAUUUACAAUUGUAUUGCCUUUUUUGGCUCAAGCAUAUCAUCAGCACCUUGUUUGUUAUGAAGUAUAGUUUUUAAAUGAAUUCAUUUGAAAUGUUAAAUCCAUUGAUACAUAUUAAUAAUUAUCAACAUGUUUUAUUAUUCAUAUACUGUACUUUUCUGAAAUGAGGGGCACUUCAUCUUGCAUAUAACAAUUUUCUGUAAAAAAAAUAUAUAUUUUGAAAUGUUGUAAAAUAUGUGAUAGUGGAAAUAAAUAAAAAGUAUAACUCAGUUCUACAGUCUGUAUAUACAUAAAAAAUAGGGCUUUUCAUUAUUAGACAAUAGCAAAUACAUUUAUACAUGUAAAGUCUUUUUCGGAGACACUCAUUUAUCUGAUUUGAUAUACAGUACAAUGGAGCUAUUGAUAAUAAACAAUGUUGUUAUCUAAAAUACUCAUAUAAAUGAUCAAACGUGGUGUCAGAAAUUUGCCAUUUAGCAUUUUGGUUUGUGAUUGUCUUCUUUCUCAAAACAAGAGAAGGUUUCCAUAUAAAUAUUGUCAAACAUUUUAUCAGAUAACUGCUGUAUAGAUCAAACCCAAAUACGUUAUUCUCCACCCAGCCAUGUUCAAUUGAACAAUCUUACAAUUAGAAGUGUAGAUUCAUAUCAACAUUAUAUCAAACUAUUUUAUUCAGGGUUUAUUUCACAAUAGCAUAGUUAUUUUUAUUUUUUUAACUUCACUUGAAAGUGAACUAAUAUUUUGCAUGUGUACACAGAGGCUUAUUGUAUGCAUGCAAUACCACUCCCCUUUAGCAUUAUGAAAACCUUUUACAAGCAUCCGUUUGUACUGGUAAGCAGGGUCAAACUUAUGCAAUAAUGAAUAGUGCCUCCUAUCACAGCAAAUCUCUGAAAAACAUCCACUUAAAAACUAUUUCACAACUAUAGCAUCCACUUGAAACUAUAUGUCAUAUUAAUUCAAAUAAUAGACCUUUGAAUUGAUACUCAGCCAGGGAAGUAUUUGUAAAAAAAUAAAAGCACGUCAACUCUGAAACCAUUAUGCAAACAGGCCACCUCCCAUUUUCAGUUUAUGUUCAAUGCACUGAGCCUUACCACAUUGUUUCAAUAUGGUAUCCCCAUACCAGCCUUUUACAUGCUGUAUUAAUCUCCCAUGGAAGCUGAAUAUGAUUUGCAUGGAUGCAUUUUCUUUAAAACCUCGCUUAAAGAAUUGAAUUAUUUUAUCGUCAUCAUAUCAUUUGGGUUUUGACCUCUCUGAUACUGGUCAUUUGUUCAACUACUUUCAUUUUUUCAUAAUCAUAUUGCAGCAUGCAAAAGCACAGAAGAGCCAUUUGAUAUAAUUGAUUUUACACAGUGUUGAAUGUAUUGUGGUUCACAGGGAAAGCUCUAUUGAAUGUGUAAAAGCCGGAAUACCAACCCUUGGGGAGCACCCUGUGAAAUAAUUUAGAUUACACUUAUAUCUGUAUGCGUUCAAUAUUAAUUUAAUUUCUGUUUAAAUUAUGUGUUUCUUUUAUCUGCUUUUGAAUAAUUAUUUAGUGAUGCGAAUGCCUUUGUUUCAAGCUUACUGCUAUUAUGUUCAGUAAUUGUUGUUCCUGUAUUUAUGUAUAGUGCCUGUAUUGUAAAUUUAUUCAGAGCUUUUCAUUCUUAAAGUAAAGUUGAGUUACUGCCCCACAAUGUUUCAAAGGGAGACCCUAGUUCAAGGAAUUCUACGAACAGAUUUGGAAUCCCAAUGUUUUUUCAAAGGUAGAAAUAACAAGUGUUUUUUUUCAUUCUUUUUCUUUCUUCUGUUCUUUCUUUUCUGUUCUUCAAAAGUUGUCUAAAUAUUCUGUCAUAUUCUUGAUAUGGAUGGAGCUGUGAAAUGAAACCGAGUUCAAACGUAAUGUAUAUUAAUAUGAAUGGAGGCAUGGAGGUUAAUAAAGUUACAUUUUGUAUGUAA